GACAAACUGCGCAAGGAAGCAGACCAAGUUCUUCUUCGUCAAUCACAAUCGCUGUGCGCUGUACGCUGUUGAGUUCCCAUGACAUGUCGCGACGGAAUGGGCAGCCGCGAGACGGCAUCAAAUUGCCGUUUGCUCUGCAAAAAGAGCUCGGUCUGGACGAAGGGAAGUCAAACGGGCGACAACGACCUGGCGCGGUGCAAAAAAGGAAGGACCAGCGCAAAGCGGAAAGGCUGGGGAAGAGACAAAACAUCAGAGGUUCAAGAUCACAGAGACGGCUAGGUGCAAAAGAUGACGAGUUUGAGCAAGAUCAUCUCGAAAAGGUCGACGACGACAUAGAUCCUUUGCCCGUCCUUGCGAAGAAGAGGAAGACCACGGAGACAUCUAUACGCGAUGCUGAAUCUCGCCCCAAAUCGAUCCUGAAGAAACCACGGGAGCCAUCGCCGUCUCUAUCAGAGCCUAUCUCCCGCUCCGAGUCCCGCUCCCUGUCCCGUUCCGUGUCGCCUGGUCUGGUCCUUGACGCUUCGUCAAAAGCAUUCAGAGAGCGUGCCGCACAAGACGAUGCAGAAGUCAGUGCACUUGAAAAGAGAUUGGGACUGACGAAGAAAUCUUUGCCGAAGUCUUUCGAAGAUGAUGGACUUGACGAUUUGUUGGGAGGUCUAGACGAGGAACCGGCCGACCGAGGCGUCAAGAGAAAGAGCGAAGGUGAAGAGUGGCUAGAAAGGAAGAGACGCAAAGCUCUUGCACAGCAAGAACAAAGUGAAGAGGAGGGCGACAUCGAUCUUGAAGGGAUUGACCGUGACGAAAUUUGGGAUGGACUUGACGGGUCUGAUGAGGAUAAGGAGGCUCUUUCAGAGGACCAUCUUGAUCUUGGAAGCGAUUUUGAUGAAGAUAACCUCUCGGAUGACCAGUCUGACCUCAGUGCUGGGAAUGACUUUGACGGAUUCGGCACAGAAGACGAAGGAGAAUCAGUCCAGCCGCAGCCGAGGAGAGUACGGGAGAAUCCCUAUGUUGCUCCCGUCGCUUCGAAUGCACCUACCCCUAAAUAUGUCCCACCAUCCUUGCGAAAGGCACAAAACUCAGAAGGGGCAUCUUUGGAAAGACUGAAACGACAAAUACAGGGCCACCUCAACAAAUUGUCCGAGGCCAACCUCGUGUCCAUACUAGGCGAGAUCGAGAAGGUCUACCAGUCCAAUCCGCGACAAGAUGUCACUUCGGUGCUCAUCGAAUUGCUUCUGACACUCUUUUACAAUAAGGCAACCCUUCCAAACACUUUUGUCAUACUACAUGCAGCCUUUGCUGCAGCAGUGUACAAAGUCAUUGGACUUGACUUCGGUGCAGAACUCCUGUCCCAACUUGUAGACCGCUUCGACCACUAUCACAGUGACUCUGCGGCCGGGAAGGAGGCACUUAAUCUGAUCAGCUUGCUCUCGAACCUUUUCACGUUCAACGUUGUCAGCAGCACCAUCAUCUUCGACCAUAUCCGGCAGUUGCUGGAACGAUUGAGCGAGAACAACACCGAAUUACUGCUACGUAUGAUCAGAGACUGUGGUCCCCAGCUCAGGCAGGAAGAUCCAUCUUCGAUGAAAGCGAUUGUGCAGCUCAUGCAGAAAGAGGCAGCUCGGAUGAAUGCGGCAGGGGAGCAGAUGAGUGUAAGGACGAAAUUCAUGAUUGAAACGAUAACCGACUUGAAAAACAACAAGAUGAAAGCUGCAACAAACAAUGCCGGUCUUUCAAGUGAGCACAUCACGCAGAUGAGAAAAGUCCUGGGAAGUUUAAACAAUCGCGCCCUAAGAGCGUCCGACCCGUUGCGUAUAACCAGAGAUGAUAUCAAAAAUAGCGAUAAAAAGGGCAAGUGGUGGUUGGUCGGCGCAAGCUGGAAGGGGAAUGAUAACGCCACUGCAACAAAGGAAUCCGUCACAAGUUCAGCUGAUGAUGAUCAGAUUCUGGACGACGAUGAAUCUGUCGACCUACUCGCUUUGGCCCGGCAAUACGGCAUGAACACAGAUGUGCGACGAUCGAUUUUCAUUGCGCUCCUAUCUGCUGUGGACUACCAGGAUGCCCAUAUUAGAUUGCUAAAGCUUCGUCUCAAGCGCAAUCAAGAGCAGGAAAUCCCCAAAGUCUUGCUUCGAUGUGCAGCAGGGGAGAAACCAUAUAAUCACUAUUACACGCUCGUGGCGAAAAGAUUGUGCCUGGACAAAAGGAUGCGGAAAGGGUUUCAGUUCGCGCUGUGGAGUUACUUCCGGAGGAUGGGUGAAAAUCCUGACAUGGAUGAGGAAGAAGAUAACGACGAGGACCAGAACAUUGAAAUGAGCGAGAUCGCUAACUUGGCAAGACUGUACGCGAAUCUGAUUCUGGACGGCGCAGAGACGCUUGGUGUUUUGAAAGUUCUCGAUCUAGCUUACAUCAAGGAACGAACGACUAUGUUUGUGGAGUUGUUGCUGAUCAUGACAAUGACGGAAGCAAAGUCAGCAAAGGAGAAUUCCCUGCAAAGACUGUUUGAGCGAACGGCAGAAACACCACAGAUCAUCAAGCGGCUGCAGUAUUUCAUCAAGAAGAACGUACGAAAGUCGGAUCUCGUAUCGAAGGGAGACAAGGCUACGGUCCAACGAGGAUGCAAAAUUGCGUUGGACACCCUUGCGCAGCUCGAUUCGAUGGCUAGAGGGAUUGCAGACUGAAUUCGCAGGGUUGGACGUUUGCAGAAGUUUGAUAUGACGAUCAUCAAACGUGAUCGUUCGUCACGCUGUGUCCAGAAAUUUCAAACCACCGUCUGCUAGAUUGGCGUGCUAUAAAA